AGCUGACGUGUUGAAGUUCACUUUUGGUGGUCUGUGCUUUCGCUCGCCCAGACUUUUGAAGCUUCGGUUCACGUGCGGAGACGGUUGACAACCAUGCCUUUCACUUCACAACUUCCGCACUUCGUCUGCUGGAACAGCACUUCCGUCCACACCGCAUCGAUUAUCCCCAACUCUUGACCAUCUAGCGUCGCGCUUCGAGUGGUUUUCCAACUGCAUUGUAUCGUCCACGACCUAUAGUCAUGGCGCUUAGCAUCGUUAGGCAGCGCAUCGCCUAUUAUGGCGCAGGCGAUUUGAUCGCCGCGCUCCCGGCCCACAGCUUGAUGAGUUGGGUACCUCAUCCUGCAGCGACACCACCGACAGCGCUUGUGAUCGGUGCCUACGAAGGACGCGACAUUCUCGCCUACAUGAAAAGCUUCGGCGGCAGCCCACCCAGGGUGCAAUAUUGCGUCAGGCCGGCCAAACGUCGACUCAAUGCAUCCACAGCACAAUCUCUUACGCUGGAGGAGGUGUUGGGAUCGCCACUCAUUGUGCCCUUCAAGUACAUCGCCGACACUUCUGAGCCGGGAAAGGGCAACUUUGGUGUCGUCAUUCAAUGGUACUUCAUGGGCAAGAUCGAGCACGAAGUGGAUUAUGACUAUGUCAAAUAUUGUCCGCGACUCUACAACGCAUUGAAGAAAAUCGAUGCGGAGAAAUGUGCCGAGAAAAAACCUGAAAUGCCAGAACCUGAAGAACGUAGAGAUGCACAAGAUCAACAUUCAAGUCACCUCGGCUAUCCUGGUAUAGAGGCAGGGAUAACCAGACGGCCUAUCACUCUGGUGAGAAGUCCAGUAGAAAGCCCUUUAGUCAACAUGAGCGACGAUGAGCGCUCUGAUCUGGACAAGCUGCACACUUAUUUGGAAUCGUAUGGCGCUCUUUACUUGCUGAAAAAUCUACCCGGCCCAGACAAGGUUCAAUUCGUGAAACAGGACUCCUUUCUCGAUGCCCAGCCGCGAAAGCUCCUCAUGGGCCACCAUAAAGAACGCAGCAAUGACAUCUAUGCGUAUAUGCGAAAGUCACGCAAAUUCCACAACAUCAAGUUCUAUCUCGAAGAUACGCGUACACCUUCGAAGACAGCCAUCUGCGCUGAAGACGUUGCUAAACAGCGUAUCCUACAUCCAUUUAACAAGACCUAUCCAAAAGGUACUUACAGCAUUGGCCAAGAUGAGAGAGCCCGACUCACACUUAUGGUAAAGUGGUACUUUAUUGCAGCCGGUAUAGCGAAGGACUGUGUGCUCAGAGAAACAAAGGCUUAUCCUGAGCGCUUGCGAAACGCGCUUGAAUACAUUGCUAAACGCAUGGGGGCUGCUUCAGUCAAAACACCCGUCGUUGGGUACGAACAGCAAACUGAGCCCGAAACUACAUCAGAAGAGGCGAACCCAGCCAUCGAUCAAAGUCAUAUCCAAUUCUCGCUCGCUGAAGUUACACCCAAUCUUUUGUCAUCGCGCAUCCAAACCAGAACCGAUCCUCCACGUCCGUCAACUACUCACGCAGAGCAACUAGAUAAAUCCUCCAAUGCCGUCGACGACCCAGAAUUGAGAGGCACAAAACGCACCGCCGAGGAUGCAGAGUUCGAAGACCUCGCCGAGAUAGUCUCUCAAGUACUUACUGUGGAUCGGGAUCUCACAAACCAAAUCAACGACAUCGACAAGCAGAUUGAGCUGCUUCAGACGCAACGCAGGGACUUAGUAGAGAAGAGAAAGGAUGUGAAGAUGAGGUUCAGGAGGCAGACUUUGGCGAUUGCAUCGAGAACGGAUGGAUAGACGUAUCGGGACUAAUUUUGAAGUCUGCCGGUCAAUACUCCUAUGUCUGCCC